AUGAAGUCGAUGCUGCUGUUCGCUGCCAGAGCGGCUGCUGCCACGCCAUAUCUAGCGUGGACGGCCGACUCGUUCAUCGAGCGCGGAGUCGAGGCCAACUUCGACUACACGCAAGCGACACUCUAUCUGGGCUACCAAGCAGCGUACAACCUGACGCAGAACGAGACGUACCUCGCCUGGUACCGCGGGCAGAUCGACGACGCCGUCGUGCAGGAUAACGGCACGAUCAAGGACUGGAACUACACCUUCUACUCUCUGGACAAUUACCGCAUCGGCAACAACAUCCUCUGGUGGUACGAGCACACCGGGGAGGAAAAGUACAAGGCGGCGGCGGGCAUCAUCCGCGAGCAGCUCAACAGACACCCGCGGACGGCGACAGGCGGCUUCUGGCAUCGGAGUCCGACCUAUCCGAACCAGAUGUGGCUCGAUGGCAUCUUCAUGGCAGACUCGUUCUACACCAAGUGGACGAGCCUGUUCGACAGCGACAACGCGACCGCGUGGGACGACAUCAUGGUGCAGUACGACAACAUCGACGCGCACACGCGCAACAAAACAACUGGCCUUCUGGUGCAUGGCUACGACGAGAGCAAGGUGGCUGUGUGGGCCGACCCCGUCACGGGCGCUUCGCCCCUGGUGUGGGAUCGGGCCGACGGUUGGUACUUCCUAUCGCUGCUCGAGGUUAUCCAGGUAUUCCCCGAGUCCCACGCGGGCCACGCCCGACUGGUGGAGUACUUCAUAACGCUCGCCGCUGGGCUACUCGAGGCCCAGGAUGAGGCCGGUGGCUGGUGGCUGAUCAUGAGCGAGCCCUACCCCGGCGCCGAGGGGAACUACAUCGAGAGCAGCGGCUCGGCCAUGUUCACCUAUGGAUUUCUGAAAGGGAUCAAGUUGGGUUUGCUCGCUGAAGGCGACUAUCUGGCGGCCGCUCAGAAGGGCUAUAACCUCUUGACCGAUGAGUUCGUCGUCGAGAACGACGACGGGACUCUGAACUGGGAGGGCACUGUUUCGGUAGGCUCGUUGGGUAGCAACGCCACCUUCGAGUACUACAUAUCCGUACCGCUGGCAUCAAACGAUUUUAAGGGAGUCGGGCCCUUCAUGCUGGCAUCAUAUGAAAUCGAGACCUUAUAG